UUUUUUUAGUUGAGGAAGAAGAACGUUGAAACGGUAAUGAGAGACGCGGCCGGAUGGGGCAUCAAGUUAUAUCUUGAAUAUGGCUGACCAGGGCCCCCUUUUAACAUCGUGUGUUAUUUUUUACUUGUCGAUUGGGGCUGCGAUAUUUCAAAUUCUUGAGGAGCCAAACUGGGAAUUGGCAAGGAGCAAAUAUGUUCUUCAAAAAGAACAGAUUUUGGAGAAGUACCCCUGCCUUCGGAAAGAGGAUCUGGAAGAAAUUCUUGGGGUAGCGUCAGAGGCUGCAGGUCAAGGUGUGAUCAUCACUGGGGACAAACAUUACAACAUGUGGGACUGGGGUAAUUCUGUCAUCUUUGCAGCGACUGUUGUCACAACAAUAGGUUAUGGUAAUGUCGCCCCAAAGACUAGUGGAGGUCGAAUCUUCUGCAUCCUGUAUGGUCUGUGCGGCAUCCCGCUGUGUCUGGUAUGGUUAAGUAAGCUGGGUUCAUUCUUUGGAGACCGGGCAAAACGUCUCUCCCAGAUCCUCAUCCGCAAAAACGUGCCAGUGAAACGUGUUCAGCUUAUCUGCACAGCUAUAUUCCUGUUAUGGGGGCUCUUCGUGCACUUGGUUUUCCCUCCACUUGUCUUCAUGUCCCUGGAAGGAUGGAGCUACUUGGAAGGCCUCUACUUUUCUUUCAUCACCCUCACAACUGUCGGCUUUGGAGAUUACGUGGCAGGUGUGAAUCCCAAUAUCGACUACCCCAGGCUGUACAAAGUAUUUGCGGAGAUAUGGAUCUACAUGGGCCUGGCGUGGCUGUCUCUGUUCUUCAGCUGGAAUGUAAACAUGGUCGUGGAGGCUCACAAGGUGUUGAAGAAAAGACGACAAAAACGCCGACCCUUCUAUGAUGAAGAACCGAACCACGAAGAGGUCACGCCCAAGUCGGAUGGGGCCAAGCUGUCUGUCAUUGACAUUUUUGGCUUCUUAUCGGACAAAGAGGAAGACUAUAGCACUGUCAUCAAGGAAAUUGGAAUGACCGCAAAACCAAGUUCCAUAGACGUUUUCAAUCGCUCCAAGAGCUGCAGCGACAUCGUUACCACCAACAUCGAGAUGCUGGAUCACUCGCCACGACACAGAUGUCUGAUGAGCAUCAGUGAAGUGUUUAUGAACCCCAAGGAUGACAAAUGCCAAGGCAAAGAGAGUCAGUCGUGUCUCCAAGAAAAUUCUACGACAACAGAACCAGCGGAGGGCGCGAGAACCGAUGACGCACUCGACAAAGUCAGCGGUAAAAACGAUUCACCAAACGAUGGCAUAAUAUUUCCUGUGCCAGCCUCUGGAAGCACACAGGAAGAAAUUGCACCGUCAAGUGAUGCUGUGACUCGGUUUACGAUUUCUAAAGUCGUAGAGGAAGAUGUUUUACUUGAUAAGGAUGAAAAGGGGUAAAGGUUAUUAUCAUAAGGCACUACAUGGACAAAAAUAUUGUCAUUAUAACAGAGACAAUGUGCAGUUGGUCAUUGUCUCCGCUCUGGUUGAUCCCAACAGUGCUUGAUGGAGUUGAGGUCGGGGCUCACAUUUUUCUUCACCACAUUAAUGAUAAACCUGCCACGUCAUCUUCUGUUACAUUUCAUUGCCAAGUGAUACUCGGGACUUUAUUUGCAAUGUGUUUCACAAUUUCUGUCAUUUAUUUGUUUUGUCUUCAUUCGCUCCAAACUGUGUGGUUGAAUCUCAGGCUAAUCGACAUGCAGUACCAUCAAUAUGUCUUUUUACAGGCACCCUUGAAUUCAAAUUAAAUCGUUCAAAUU